AUGCUCCCUCCAGUUCCAGUCUUGGCCGACUACGGCAUUUCCCCAAGUCAUGGCUUCCUCCCACCCGAACCCCCUCUUGAUGUUUUGCCAGACCCAUAUUAUGCAAAGUGGGAGUGGAUAGUAUCCAAUCUGCAGCCGCUUCUGCUCAGCAGAAGGAUUCGAGAGGUGGUGGACCAUAUGUCUACGCUUUCGACCACCUACCUUACUUCAGAGAGUGAAUGGAGACGAGCAUUUGUUGUGCUGGGGUUUAUUCUGCAUGGAUAUGUCUGGGGUGGCAACAAGCCGGCAGAGAGAAUCCCCCCUCAGCUUACAGUUCCCCUCUUCGAAGUAUGCGAACACCUAGAACUUCCUCCCGUGGCAACGUACGCCGGAGUAUGCCUGUGGAACUACAAACCCAUCUUCCCAGAAGAGCCACUUGACGACCUUUCUAACUUGGCUUGUGUUAAUUCAUUCACUGGCUCCCUGGAUGAGCAAUGGUUUUACUUGAUUUCAGUGGCCAUCGAGGCCCGCGGUGCUCCUUCGAUCCCACUGACGUUGCAAGCCAUUUCUGCCGCGCGAGCUGGGAACACCAUGGUUGUCACCGAGUGCCUGCAGAACCUCGCAGAGAUCAUAGAUGAGGUUGGAACACUACUAGAGCGGAUGUAUGAACAUUGUGACCCAUACGUGUUCUACCAUCGCAUCCGACCCUAUCUAGCCGGAAGCAAGAACAUGACCGACGCCGGCCUCCCUAACGGACUCAUGUACGACGACGGGACGGGGAAGUUGGACUAUCGCCAAUAUGGUGGCGGAAGCAACGCACAGAGCUCUCUCAUUCAGUUCUUUGAUAUCGCCCUCGGAGUGGAGCACCGACCAACGGGAGAAAUCCGCCCGUCGAAGGAAGAAGAAGAGAAGAAGGAGGGUGUUCCAGGGGCUCCUCGACAUGGAUUCAUCCAGGAAAUGCGAUCCUACAUGCCUGGUGCUCACUGUCGGUUCCUAGAGCAUGUGAGCACCGUGGCCAAUAUCAGGGAGUAUGUGGAAAGCCGGCAAUCCGACAAGGCAUUGUGCACCGCCUAUGACGGAUGUCUUUCCAUGUUACGAACACUGCGCGAUAAGCACAUCCAGAUGGUAUCCCGAUACAUUAUCAUCCCGUCGCGAGACUCCCGGGCGCGGGCUCCACGUUCAUCCAGCCCCAGGAGACAGGCACCGGCGAUGAAUCUGGCCAACGCGCGCAACAGCGAAGGAAAGAUCGACGGCAAAAAACUCCGAGGGACGGGAGGAACAGCAUUGAUACCUUUUCUAAAGCAGGCCCGAGACGAAACAGGGGAGCCGGCUAUUGACGCAUGGGCUCGUCGCCUACUGAGCGACAGACCGGCGGAGUCAUUUGCCGCACUCAGCAAAGUGGGUGAGAACCAUGACGGACACCUGGAGGUUGUGGGACUUGCGGGGACAUGGACAGCGGAUGAUAGUGAGGGUGGGAUAUGUCAUUGGUGA